ACAUACAGGAAAGAAGAAAGACAAGUGGGCCAAAGGCCCAAAACACCCACACGCACGACUUCUUCGUCGGCGUCGCCGCGCCGCCGCGCCGCCGCCGCCGCCUCCGGCCGGCCGGCCGCACCUCCACCACCGCACAGCACCUCUCAGCUCUCACCCGCGGGGAGAAGGGAGGAACACGGAGAAGGCUCAGACUCGCCAAUUUCAUGGAGAUUGCAUCUCGGCUGUGUUGAUGCGUCGCCCAUGCACCCACUCACCCUCUCCUCCACCGCCCUCCUCCGCCUCAUCAAGUCGCUCUCGCCGGCGGUGCGUAGGGCCCACCUGUCGGCGUCCUCUAUCCACUGCCUCCUCCUCAAGGCCGGCCUCCUCCACGUCGGCGCGCACCUCCCGACGGCGCUCCUCUCCGCGUAUGCCGCCCUCGGCAGCCCGGAUCACGCGCGCAGGCUGUUCGACGAAAUGCCCGAGCAAGGCCUUGUCCCGCGAACCGCCAUGGCCCGGGCGCACGUCGCGUCUGGGCAGGCGGCUCAAGCGAUCGCCGUAUUCGGGGACAUGGUGGCGGAUGGUGUCUUCCCGGACAAUGUCGCCCUGGCAGUCGCGCUUGGGGCAUGCCAUGGCGCUGGCUCUUGGACGGCUAGGAGGAAUCCAGGCAAGAAGAUCCAUGCUCUCAUCGUGACCAGCGGCAUUGAGCCAGAUGUGUUUGUCUCCACCGAGCUGAUAAGGGUCUACGGUGAGUGUGGCAAGCUGGCGGUUUCUAGGAGGGUGUUCGAUGACAUGCCGUCGAGGAGUACCAUUACAUGGAACGCCAUGUUGCAUCAGUAUGCCAGGCACGGGAAAGUUGACACGGCUUAUGAGCUGUUCCUCGCAAUGCCGAGGAGAGAUGUUGUGUCCUGGAACACAGUGAUGGCCGGGUACUGUGUUGCUGGCCGGUGCAGGGAGGCACUUGGCUUGUUCCGUCAGAUGGUGUCGCCGUCAUCGUGUGCGGUGCAUCCUAAUGUGCCUACGAUGAGCACUAUCCUCGGUGCUUGUGCCGGCGCGGGUUGUUUGGAGACCGGGAUUUGGGUCCAUGCAUAUAUUGAGAGGAACAGGAUGAAUGAUGAUGGCUAUCUGGAUCGGUGCCUGAUAGACAUGUACUGCAAAUGCGGAAGCAUCGAUAAUGCCCUACAGGUGUUUGAGAAGGCACCUAGGAAGAGGGACCUGUUCUCAUGGACAACCGUGAUCUGUGGGCUGGCAAUGCACGGCCGCGCCACUGAUGCUUUGAGAAUGUUUGACAUGAUGCAGGAUAAUGGCAUAUGCCCGGAUGAUGUCACGCUUGUUGGGGUCCUAAAUGCUUGUGCACAUGGAGGUUUGGUAGACGAAGGUCUUGGCUACUUCUACUCCAUGGAGGCAAAAUUUAGAAUCACACCCAAGAUUGAACACUAUGGUUGCAUGAUUGAUCUUCUUGGCCGCGUUGGGCGACUGCAGGAAGCAUAUAGCAUGAUAAGAACAAUGCCAAUGGAUCCCAACACGGUUAUUUGGGGUGCAUUCUUGAGCGCGUGCAAAGUUCAUGGCAAUAUGGAACUCGGCAAGAUUGCGGCAGAAGAGCUCACCAGGUUGGAUCCAGAUGACCCUUGGGGGAGAGUGAUGCUGUCCAGCAUGUACGCGAAAGCACAGGAUUGGAUUGGUCUUGCCCGGGAGAGGAGGGAGAUGAACAGCAUGCAGGUGAAGAAGACUCCUGGGUGCAGCUCGAUCGAGCUCAAAGGCGAGGUGCAUGAGUUUGUUGCUGGUGGCAGUCAGCAUCCUCAGUAUGCUGAGAUUUGCAGUGUACUGCAAGAUGUUGAAGCUCAAACAAAUGUAGGUUGAGACACACAGCCUUCUGUUGAGCUUCUUGUGCUGCCAGGAUUUCAGCACAGGUGCAAUUUCCUCUGAGCCUUCACGAGAACGCUCCUUGCUUUGCACGUCGGCAUGUGGAGAACCGAAGAGAAGAUUAGCUAAUUAGUCAGUUAAAAUGCGAAGAACUGACAAUUUUGCUCUGAAUCCAAUAUAAACUUCAAUAUGCUGAUUUUAUGAGCUAGGGUUCAGAGUUUACACGGCCUAGAGGGUGGUGUCAGCUUGAUUGGCAUAAGAGGAGACAAUCUAGUCGGAUAAAGACCUUUGAGGGAGAUGGAAUAGAUUAAUACAUCUUCAUCGCUUGAUUGCUAGUAAUGGAUACAUGACACCCUUUUAUAGGGCAUGGCUUUGACUGGACAGCUGAUACAUGGAAUAAUAAUCUCUGCUCAACAGCUGAUGAAAUUUCUUUUAACUUCGUCAAUUUGAAGCGACGAAAGAAUGUUGAAGCUAGUUUACACAUGCAUUCAACCUUUUCCCGUGAAGGCAUACUGAGCAUUGCACUCAGGAACCUCUUUCAGAUUUUUUUAGUGUAUUAUUUACCCUUUUAUGUGCUUUCCGUGCCUUAAUGUUUGUCAGAGUGUUGAUGGCAUGGGCACAAGCACAUUCUUUAUUUGUUUUGUUUUCAAGGGUUAAUUUGAUCCAUGCCACUGCAAAUGUGGCAAAUCAAAAAAUAUGCCACUACUAUUGACGUUAUCUAUUGGUGCCACUAUAAAUUCCUAAAAUUGGAACCGUGCCA